AUGCCCCACGGCUGCACUGAGCGCAUUUGGAGACAACAAAUAUACGUCCAAUUAUACUGGAAUUUCAAUCGGGAUACGGAUCUAAUCCAUCUAAAAUUGUUUACCCCCGCCGUACAAGUUCUUGCAGAUGAACAAGAGCUAGAUUGGAGAGGAAUACUGAGCAGAUACACAGUGAAAGAGUCUAUACAUUUAGGGGUACGGAACUUUGGGCUUGGGCGGUGGAUCGAUAUUCCACGAAUAGACAUUGACACUGUCAAGCGGUGGCUGCAGAUUUGCGACCGCGAGCACCGGCGUGAGACCAGCUAUUACCGCUGUAUUCCCAUGAAAACGAGGGAUUCGCCAAAUUUCUCCAGUUUAAGAUUUAUCGAUUUAGAGCUAAACUGUAUAGUUCAGUGGACAUCUAAGGCCCUGCCGAUCUACCUGGCUCUCAGUUACGUAUGGGGAAGUUCAGAUGAAGGAUCUCAUCUGAAACUAAACCAGGAAACCUCAAGCUGGCUUUUAACGCCUAGCAGUUUAGCUAAAUUCGAUAACCGGAUUCCUCGUACUAUCGGUGAUGCUAUGGUUUUAACCAAACGCUUGGGUCGACGCUACCUUUGGGUGGAUGCCCUUUGCAUUCAGCAGGAUAACCUUUUCGAUAAGAAUGCGCAGAUUCCUCUUAUGGCCCAUAUCUACUCACAAGCAGACUGCACCAUCGUUGCGGGUGCUGGGGCAAAUGCUUGGGCUGGCUUGCCAGGGGUUGGGACACCCCGUACUGGGAGACAAUAUGGAGCGCACGUCAAAGGCUUCGAUUUGAUAACCACCCGACAGCAUUUCCGAAAUGGGAUGCAAAAUUCCGUUUGGGAAACAAGAGGGUGGACCUUGCAAGAAAAAGUGUGCUCGCGAAGGAUGCUAAUCUUCACGGAAAGACAGGUUUUCUUUCAGUGCAAAUCAAGUUUACUAUACGAAGACACUAAUUUAGAGAGUGAGGCCAUGAAUUUUGGCGGCCCUGCUUCGGCCCAUGAAUCAGCCGCCAACCUAUUUGCCUCUCCUGCUAGUGCAUAUAUUUCGACUGUGAAUGACCUGUGCAAACGAUCCUUCGGCCUUGAGAACGAUAUCUUGCAUGCCUUCAAAGGUAUCGAGAUGUGGCUUUAUGACUUUUCUCUGAAAGAAAGAGAAAAAGGAGAAAGCCGCUUCCACGAUCUUGUGGAGUAUUUCCAUUGGGGUUUCCCGGAGUCGAUAUUUGAUGCGGUAGUCUCCUGGUCUUUUCCGGUGCACAAUCCUUCUUGGAGAAGAGACCAUCAGUCAUUCCCAGGAUGGUGUUGGGCAGGCUGGAAACUCCAGCCUACGCUUAAUUUCACAUGCCCCUUCCCCGGCCCUAUGGUCAACGUCAAAUUUGCCUGGUUCGUGUUUGACGAGAAUAGUAGGCUACGGCGUUUAAGAACACUACCUGAACGGAUAGGUGCACGCCAAGUACCUUCCGAAGAACAUAAACAAGCUCAAGACGAAGUAUCACUAAGGCACAUUCCAACAAUACCUAGCCAUAUUCCCCAAUCUCAUUUGUUGUUUUUCUGGGCCACAGAAUCGCUACUUACGGUCGACCAGCAUGGCCGCAAAUACUCCUAUCUGCAAAGAGACUACUCAACUUUACAGAACUGCACGUUCAUCAUUCGAAAUCCAUACACAGGAGAUCAAAUUGGAGAGAUUACACUGCAUAAGGAGUGGCGAUCGCGGCAGCCGGACAAACUUCCUUUCAUAACCGUAGCCAAAGCCUGCGACGGAGAUCUGACUAUCCGAAACCCAGAUUUUGGAUGUGCUGGAGAGACUGUGUUUGGAGCGAGGCGAAAACGCCCGGAGGGCCGUAAAGGCUCUAACCGCCAGCUGGACUACCUGACAAAGAGGCACGCCAUCCGUGAAGCCAAAACGAUCAAAAUUCCGACAAUACUGGCCUCCUUGUAUUUGCCCUUGUCACUCUCGGCCUCCUUGCUGAGCAUGCAAUCUCCAUUCAAAAAGAUAGCCCGCAACGAAGUGAACUUGGUUGGAACAAACCUCCUGUUCGACUUCCUUGGCGUAUUCAUCGGGCUCGCCACCGUCACUUUAUUCAUCAUAUAUGCCAUUAGACUCGGCCUUUGGGUCAGAUCAAACGGACUGGGUAUGCUGUCGAAGAAAUUCUCCGGCCCGUUCUCGAUAUUCUACUAUGGAAGACGAUGGCGCUAUGAUGGGCUAGGAGGCCAAAUUUUUGAUAUCAUCCGCGUCGUCACUGCAUGGUGGGUCGGCGCCGGACUUUGCAUCACGCUCCUGGUGAUAUUUCUCGUUGGCAUGCUGAACACGGCCCCAAUCGCAUGGACAACUGCCAGAUGGAUGUUCACAGCGUAUCUUGCGGCGAUAGAUAAGCUCCUGUUGCUCAUCUGCGCCUUUGGCUACUCGUUACACGUUACAAUCAAGUACUUGAACAACCCAUUGCACCGUGCUCUCCUCUCAUCGUCGAUGAUUACGGAACACACCAGCUGGAAGUACGUCCUGCUUGGUUUCAAGGAGAGAAAGGCUGAUGGAGUCUUCUGGCAUGCGGAGAAGAAAUCGGCUGAAAAUUCACGGGAGAGGCCACGCUUCGUAGGCAUCAUGUGGAAGAUGGGUGCGGGGUGGGCAUUGGUUGCUGUAACGCCACCAUCAACAGUGGAGUCCAAAGGUUCGAGAGAAGGGCAACCAAAGAUAGAGAGACCUGCAGGAGAGAAGGCGCUAUGGCGUGGUCUUCGGGGCUGA